UUUUUCCAAAUCUCCCUCUCUGGGGUGAAUCAGAUGAUGGAUACGUGGAGAGCAACACUCACAGCAUACAUACAACCAAAAGCCCCUUCACUGGAUUAGAGCUCACAUUAUUACACUCACGCAGAGAAGAAAUGCAACACAAAUUUCACAUUUCAAGCACACUUUUCACACGUGGCUUUUUGUUCUUCUUUUUUAUUAUCGCUGAGCUACGCACCAAAACUAGCCAGCAGCCAGAUGGAUUAUGGGAUUAUGGAUUCCUGGGACCAGAUGCCUCAGACAACAACUGUACCACCAAAUGCAACCCUUGACAACACAUUUUGAUGUCCUAAUAUAGCCAAAUUAAUGGCACAUCAAGCACAAAUGUCUCCUUUAAUCAAGGCAGAUCAUUUGGUUUCGCAAACAUACAUUCAUAUGAGGUAUAUUUCAAAAGGCUGUGCAUUUAGUUUGACAUCUUAUCUUAUGGCUGUACGUCCUAGAUUUAUAUCUUAUGUCUGUUUAACUGGUUUCUGCCUUGUUUCUUUACUGUGUAUGCCUCUGCCUCCUCUUUUUUGUAGCUGGAACCAGUUUAUUUUUAUUAUCUCAAAAUCAGUCAAAUGAACAAAUGCUAGAGGUAAGACUAAAAAAGAAGAAAUGACACAAUAGGGACUUCUGUUGCUUUUGCAGGGCGUUAAAAUAAACUAAAACUAAUGUAACAAAACAAAUCAUAAAGCAGAGCAGAGGCAGAAAAUAAACACGGCAUAAACCAGUUAAACUGACAUAGAUACACAUCUAUAACAGCCCCCCACACACACGCACACGCACACACACGCACGGCUAUGUUUUGAACGGCCAUUGGUCCCAGUCAAACAGCGCGACGGAUCACGUGACUAGGAAAGGGCAGGGGCACGCGCAGGGUUUUUUCACACUUUUGUAAACAACAUGGCGCUUCACGACUGGCCCUGCUAGCCCACCGGCCGGACCUCACUGGGCUGUCACACUUCAGCCGCCGUGCUUUGCAAGCGUUGCGCGUCGGCGGCCACAUUGUUACGCUCGAACCGAGACGACACAAAGAAGCUGGACGAGCAGUCAGGAAGACCGUUUGACAGUCAAACGGGGCCUCUUCGGCCUAUGGGCUCUCAGUCCAGUUCUGGGAUGUCUGGUGGAAGGGGUUCUUCCAGUGGCAACCCAGCUGAGCAGCCUGAAGCAUCUGAACCGAACCAGAGCAGCAGUAGCAGCAGUAGCAGCAGCAGUAGCAGUAGCAGCAGCAGCCGGGGCCGCAGGACGGCUGACAGGCAACAGGUGGACAUACAGCCGGCAUCGGAGGAGGACGUUGACUUAGCUGAAGUGCUGGCUUACCUACUGAGGAGGGGCCAGGUCCGUCUGGUCCACGGGAGCGGAGCCACGGGGCUGCAGCUGGUCCAGUCGUACUCUGACUCUGAUGAGGACAGCGACGGAGCCUGGGAUGGUCGGCUGGGGGACCUCUACAAUCCACCAGUGGACACCCAACCCGACACACACGAGGUGGACCAAAGCGAGAUCCGAACUCAGAUCAUGCUGGCCACCGGCUCCUUGACCGCGAAGAGCCGCCAGAGUUUCACCCACAUGCUAACAGAGAGGAGGCAAGGCAGAUGUAGAGGCUCCAGCUUUUCCCAUGGGGAGUGCAGUCGCAUCCGCACACAUUUUCUGCCGAACUAUGUAUCUCACAAGGAUACGUACCAGCAGAAAGCUUUCUGUGGGGUGUACAGCGAGGACGGCAGCAUGUUCCUCUCCGCCUGCCAAGACCAGAACAUCCGCUUGUACGACACCACCAAGGGGCGCUUUCACUUACGGCAGACGGUGAAGGCUCGCGACGUGGGCUGGAGUGUUCUGGACGUCUGCUUCACCCCCGACGGACAAAACGUGCUCUACUCCAGCUGGUCCGACUACAUUCAUUUGUGCAGUAUAGACGGAGACAGUGAAAACCACACCGCCCUGGACCUCAAUCCAGAUGAGAGGAGGUUCUGUGUGUUCUCACUGGCUGCGUCCACAGAUGGCAAUGAGAUCCUGGGAGGAGCGAAUGACGGCUGCCUUUACGUUUUUGAUCUUGAGCAGAAUAAACGAACGUUGAAGAUUGAUGCCCACGAGGACGACGUGAAUGCGGUGGCGUUCGCCGACAGCUCGUCCCAGCUGCUCUUCUCUGGCAGCGACGACGCGCUGUGCAAGGUGUGGGACAGACGGGCGCUGCGGGAGGACAGACCGCAGCCUGUCGGACAGCUGGCCGGCCACCGAGACGGCAUCACCUUCAUCCACAGCAAGGGUGACGCACGCUAUCUGAUCAGCAACUCAAAGGACCAGUCCAUCAAGCUCUGGGACAUCAGGAAGUUCUCUCCCAAGGAAGGCUUGGCUGCUUCCCGCCUGGCCGUCACCCAGCAGAACUGGGAUUACCGCUGGCAGCAGGUUCCCCAGAGAGCCUUGAAGAGACACAAGCUGACAGGCGACACCUCGGUGAUGACCUACCGUGGCCACGGCGUUCUGCACACCCUCAUCCGCAGCCGCUUCUCUCCAGAGUUCAGCACCGGACAGAAGUUCAUCUACUCCGGAUGCUCCACUGGCAAAAUCAUCAUUUAUGACGUCCUGACGGGCGCCGUGGUCUCCAGACUGUCGGGCCAUGACGCGUGUGUGAGGGACGUCAGCUGGCACCCAUACGAGGACAACAUCGUCAGCAGCUCUUGGGAUGGAGGGGUGCGCAUGUGGGAGCACCGACAGACCCAUCCGCUGGAGGAGGAGAGAGAGCGAGUCUGACAACGGGAGAGAGACCUUGGGACAGACAAAGGAAAAGUGACAUCGUCCCUGAGGCUGCUGAACACAGGACGCUUAAACGCUCAGAAGGACUGGGAGAGGCUUCAAUAUUUUUUUAAUUCAAUGCUGUUUGAUUACAGUAAUACCGUGGUUGUGACGUGUUCAUUUGGAAGGUAUUAUAGCCGAACGUUGUCAAGAGCAGAUUCGGGCGCAGUGGGGCGGCCUACUUCUGAUUUUCUUUACAUUUUUUUCCGCCUCACUGUUUCACGGGAAAAGAAUCGGCGACGGGCCAAAGCUUUUGAAUUUGGCCUGAAACACUUCACGGAAAGGUGCGGGGGCUGGAAACGCUCCGCACUGCACUUACUUAAGGAUCUCUGGACAUCGAAUGAUAAGUUAGUUCUAUGAAAGUCGAUGUUGGAUAUUGCAGCGAGGGACUGACGAUGAUAAUUCUGUAUAAAUGUAUAGUAUUUUAAUGGUAUGUGCAUUCAGGGAGUGUCGAUAGGUGUCGGUGUGCGGAUUUGGACUCUUGACCUUCACUGGUGUGAACAUCCUAAGCGCGCUCCGUUUUUUAAGGGCCGUUGCGUUCAAGGUCCACAUUUAGAGACUGAUUAUUUCAUAACAAUCCAGUACAGUGUAUAUACCCGUUUCCUGAGUCACGCACCAUGUCGCUGUCCGGAGUUAACCAUUGGUCCACGCCUUGGUCAGCGGUUCAAGGGACACGUCCUGUGUUCCCGCUUCCCGUGUUGGACAUUCAUCGCGUACCAAGACGCCCGGACGCACUCGGCUUCCCGAGGUUUCCCGUUUUACCGUCGAUCUCACAAUUAUGUUGUGUUUUAACGUCUCCGAGUCACCUCAAGUCUGCCGUCUCAGUCUGAGGUCUUCUCAUGGAUCCUGGGGUCAGCGCUCCGGUCUGUGAACUCGAGCCCUGAAAGAAGAGGAAAACGAAAAGGGAGAUGGUUGGCCAGCACUACAAGCCUGCGAAAAGAUUUGAAUGUGUGUCGACAUGUUGAGGUCGAGACCCGGUGGAUGUGUGCGUGGAUCAAAACGUCCACAUGGUCUACAUGUCCAGGUGUUCGUAUCAAAGCCCGUGUAUCACUCACACCGUUGUUUUACAGGAACAAUAAAAACCUUUCAAUGUGG